AUGAGUGGGGUGAAGUCAGUCAGUCAUGAUCUGGACCAGUUAAACAGACUCCUACACAUGGUACCGCUGGACCCUGAGAGACUAUGCAGCCCUUCUGCUCAGCCACAUCUUCUGAAGGUUCUUUCAGAUCCGGUUAGACCUCUCUGUUCCCACUAUGGAGCUGUAGUGGAUCUGCAUGCUCUCAGCUGGAAGGCUGUUGAACGUGUGCUGUAUCCUCACCUCCCUGCGUAUUGGGCGAAUCUACAAGCUGUGCUAAGUGAUUACUCCGUGUCCAACGCUCAGGUGAAAGCAGACGGCCACAAAGUCUAUGGAACCAUUCUGGUGGCGGUAGAGCGUUUGCUGAAGAUGAAGGCACUCAGUCUGACCUCGGCAGCAGGAGGCGGCGGUGCUGGUCUACCAGACACUGCCACAGGGGCUGGCAACUUCAGAGAAAACUCUCCUGGCCUCAGCCCACCCCCCGAACCUCUUUCCGAACCCCCUCUUGGCAUUGCAAGCCAUCUCCAAGCAGGUGGAGCUGGCUGUCCAUGGGAGGAGUGGACUACUGUAUCUCUUCCUGUCAUGUAUUGUGAACUCUACUCGUUUUUUGGAGAUAUUCUGGCUGUACGCUUCAGCACUGACCCGCCACUCGGUAGUGCCCCAUCUUCAUGUUCCUGCCAGACAUUAGAGGGCAGGAAAGAGCCAGUUAGUGGUGCCCCCAAUCUUGAGAAUACACAAAAAAUGCCCCAGCUAACUGCCAGUAUGAAUAUUAGCCCAAGACAAGAUGGAAGCCCUCGUAUGGAAGCACAACCACCAAGUCUGGUUGUUACCUAAUUUUUAUGUUUACCUAGAAUUUUCUCCAUGGGGGAAUUGAAUGUUAUGGAAACCAUUUUGUUUCAAAUCAAAGUUUGCAAUAUUGUGAUUCACCUGGUUGGUUUGGUUCUUGACUUCAGCGAAAAUGUCCAGGUCUUGUCAUUAAAAACUCACCGAAAUAUUUAGCGAAAGAGCAAAUGGUCUUUAGAUGUUGAUUAAACAUUUUGUUUUAGUGUGGAGUGCAUUUCUCACUGGUGGUCUCCUUUUUGUCCCGUGUCUGCAGAUCUCUUCCCGCUCUUCAUCUUCAUUCUCACGUUCCAGGUCAUCUUCGUCACGUCCUGGACGUUCCACCAGCCAAUCCCAAGACAUUUUCCCUAAAGCCCGCUACACGCUGCCUCAGGCUGGACCUCCUGCUUUCUCUUUCAUCAUCGGCGGGCGACAGAUAGGUAGAAGGCACUUCCAGACGAGCUUUACUCCAACUCCAGCCCUUACUACCCUCCCUCCUCGUGCUUACACCCACAAGCUGCCGGUCAUAGGGAGAGUCCGCAAACCUGUGCGCCGCUGGACGUGUUCCCAUUACUCUCUUCACCUGCCUCUUUAAAAUACUUGAAUGAUGUACGUGACAUUUAGAGACACGUGACCACAGUGACAUCUCAUCAAAUGGCUGCAUCUUAGUUAUUACAGAUGAACAGAUCUAUAUGCUCUAUGCAAACAAGGCAAGUAUUAUUGUGAGAAAAUAAUUGUGAAUGAACGCCUGAGAUUUUUAUGCUAUAGCUCUGCUGCUUCUGAUCAGUAGCAUUAACUUUAAGUUCUUAUAUAGUUAUUUCUAAAGUUUAUAUUUACUGUACUUGCAGCAGGAUAAAGCUGAACAGAUGCUGUUAUACAAUUGCCUUGUUUAUU